GAACGGAGGUCCGAUUGCAAUUGCGCACGCAUCUCCACUUCAGACAUUAGACAUUGUUGCCAUUUAUCAACAUCUACGGUUUGUUUAUUGCACAUUAGCUUGGACAUUGUAGACCAUUUACCUUACACAGAGAAUACAAAUCUGUAAUUUGGGCUGGACAAGAUGGCCAGCAUCAAUUUUCAGGCGCAGUUAUUAUCCGUUAUGGAGGUAUUGGCUAAAGCAGCUGUAGCAGAAAUAAACAAACGUGUAGAUGAUAGCUGUGCUGUUAUACGUUUGGAAAUGACCCAAAGCCAGCGAGAUAUUGAUGUACUGAAAAGGAAGUGUCAAAUGAUGGAGAGCGAGCUGAAGAAGACACAUGGACGAGUCAGGAGAAAAGGUUUUUACCCCAUGGCAUCAGAGAGAUCUUCAUAUCCAGUCAAGAUUGUUUUGAACAAGCAGAGAAGUAGCUCACAGCGGAGAGACCGAGAGAGUGCUGUUGAAGGGGACUCUCAACCGCAGUCUACCGAUGUGGAGCAGGGAGUGAAGACUGAACUCAUACUGAUCAAAGAUGAGGAGACAGCAGAGGACGUGUGGAAGACUGACCCUCAGGAAGAGCUCAGGAUCACUGGAGAGGAGUCUGGUUCCAAGCCUGGGAAACCACCAUCCUUUGACCAAUGGAACUGUGAUGAAGACUUCAUCACACAACCUAACAUAUCUCCCGAAAACUCAGUGGAACAUUACCCCAAUUCUGAUCGUCCAGAGGAACCAGGAACACCCCGGCUCGCAUCUACAGAGGUGUUCAGUACAGAGCAGCACCGGCCAGCCAAGAGCAAGGACUCACUAGACCUAGUGAUGGUGAAGGAUGAGAAAGAGGAGGAGCUGGAUCAGACCAUGGUCCCGGCAGGACCUGACGAAUUUGUAAUGGAUGACACUGAUGGGCAUCUAUGGACGUCUGUUGAUCCAGGCAGAGAUACUGACCCUGAUGUCCACCCAGAUUUCUCCUUUCAUUCCACAGAAGAGUACUCUCAGAAUAUCUCAAUUUUCCCAUCUCAUGAUAUCGGGCCAUCACUUCACUAUUCUAUUGUGAAACCACAUGCUAACAUGUUCAGUGCAGCAGCACACAUGAAAAGACAUGUCAGAACAUCGGCUGAUGAGACUAGACAACAGAUGCCAGAGGGACAGAGCAGUGAGAUGCUGAACUCAAGUAAUGAAGGAAAUAGUUUAGCUCUACAGCCAAGGCAGCAUCAAUACAGGGCUUCAGAAGCAACAGUGAGAUUGAGUGAGUGCACAACAGGGUCAAACAUGGCCACCACCUCCACCUUCUCAGGAUACAGCUUGAGUCGCAGUAGUUUUAACAUGGUGAAGAGAAUGAGGACUCAGUGGAGUUCUGGCAGCACCACCGAGAGGCGAUUCAGCUGCACCUUCUGUGGGAAGCGCUUCCAACGUUUCUGGCAGCUCAAAGAACACCUCCGAAGUCACACCGGAGAGAAACCGUACACCUGUGAACAGUGUGGCAAGAGUUUCACCAAGCAGUGCAACCUGAUCAGACAUGCUCUGGUCCACAGUGGGGAGAAACCGUAUGAGUGCGCACAGUGUGGGAAAUGCUUCACCCAGCGCUCCAAAAUGACGUCACAUCAGAGAAGUCACAUAGGAGAGAGUGCAGUGUCUCAAUAUGUGGCACCCGCAUACCCUGGGGAUCCACGCAGAAGUUUAAUGUAGUCUCAGAACAGAUGGAUCAAAUAGGAACAUAAUUGCAUUUUCUAUGGGAAAAUAUAGGAAAGAAGAUAUUUUGGGACAUUUUGACAAGAUUUUUCUCCUAAAUGGUUUUUAUAUUUGACUGUUAACGGAUCAUCACUUUUAUUUUAUUAACCUAUUUAUUUACACCUGGUAACAUUGUGUAUUGCUACCACAAAAUCGUUAAAAAAACAUGUUAUAUUCAAUAACAUUUAUUUAAUUAAAGAGUCAAUCUGCGGUUUAAGAUCAAUAAUACACUGCCCUACGUAUUUACUUGGUCAGUGAAGCUAAAAUAUUUAAUUUGGCUCUAUACUCCAGCAUUCUGGAUUUGAGAUCAAAUGUUUUAUAUGAGGUGACAGUACAGAAUUUCACCUUUUAUUUUAGGAUAUUUUCAUACAUAUCUGUUUUACCGUUUAGAAAUGAAUUAACUUGAUGUAUUUUAGUAAUAGACUAUAAGUGACUUUGUCCAAAUACUUAAGACACCUUCAAAUUGGGAGACUAGAUGCAUAAAGUGCAUUCAUUUCUCAACAGAAAAAAACAGAAAAUAAAAUGGAGACAUUCUGUACUGUCGCCUCAUUUAAAACAUUUUGUUGAGUUACAGCCUAAAUUUAAAAUGGAUUAAAUUGAGUCAAUUUGUCACUGGCUGACACACAUUACCCCAUAAUAUCAUAAUGAAUUAUGUUUAUUUUAUGUUUACAAAUUAAUAAAUAAAUAAAAAGCUGAAAUGUCUUGAGUCAAUAAGUAUUCAGCACCUUUGUUAUGGAAAUCCUAAAUAAGUUCAUGAGUAAAAAUGUGCUUAACCCUUUGAGCAUGGUGAAGUUAUUAAUUACACUUUGCAUGGUGUAACAAUACACCCAGUCACUAUAAAGAUACAGGCGUCCUUCCUAACUCAGUUGCCGUAGAGGAAGGAAACAACUCAGGGAUUUCACCAUGAGGUCAAUGGUGACUUAAACAGUUACAGAGUUGAAUGGCUGUGAUAUGAGAAAACUAAGGAUGGAUCAACAUCAUUGUACUUAUUCCAUCUACACUGGAGUUGUUUACCAAGAAGACUGAAUGUUCCUGAGUGGCCAAGUUACAGUUUUGUCUUAAAUCAGCUUGAAAGUCUAUGGCAAGACUUGAAAAUAGUUGUCUAGCAAUGAACAACAAUGAAUUUGACAGAGCUUGAAGAAUUUUGAAAUGAAUAAUGGGAAAAUAUUUUACAAUCCAAAGCUCUUAAAGACUUACCCAGAAAGACUCACAGCUGUAAUCGCUGCCAAAGGUGAUUCUAACAUGUAUUUACUCAGGGGUGUGAUUACUUAUGUAAAUCAUUUAUUUCAGUUUUUCAUUUUCAAUACAUUUUCAAACAUUUCUAAAAGCAUGUUUUCACUUUGUCAUCAUGGGGUAUUGUGUAUAGAUGGGUGUCAUCAUGGGGUAUUGUGUAUAGAUGGGUGUCAUCAUGGGGUAUUGUGUAUAGAUGGGUGUCAUCAUGGGGUAUUGUGUGUAGAUGGGUGAGAAAAAAUCCAUUUAAUCCAUUUAAAAUUUGGGCUGUAACACAACAAAAUGUGGAAUAAGUCAAGGGGUAUGAAUACUUUCUGAAAGCACUGUGCCUUAAAAACCCAGAGAAGAACCUCUGAAUGCAAAUGAGCUAUAAUGUAUAUAGUAUGCAAUAGUUACUUGAAAUAUAUCAUGAAAUUAAGUUUAUUUGAAUUUAACAUGAAAAUAGUUGAUCAUCUUUGUUCCCCAGCUGUGUGUCAAAAAAGUUAUAUACCUUUUCUAACCUUUAAUAAAUACCAUACCACAUUUUCAGAAUGGUUUCAUAAGGUUGUGUCGAUGAGAGUGUAGAUGAUAACAUUAAUGACAAUAUUUGAUCAUUCAUGAGUUUUUAUGAAUGGUUGAAGAACGGGUUUUUGUAUUUUACGUUUUACCACAGUGGGGAAUGCAUUAUGUAUUGAUAGCCUUUUUAUGCAUUAAUAACCAUGUGAGCCACUGCAUUGCACUCUCUCCUACAUGUAGCCAUACCUAUUGGCAAAAAAAACACGACGUUUUACAGUCUGAAUUCUUUAUUCAGAAAGUUAAACGUGUUCUUUUUUUGUCAAUAGAGAUGGCUACCCAACACGGUAUCUGCAGACUAGAAUCGACCCUUGUAUUUGUCUUGCCAGUGCUAAUUCUAACAAUUUGAAGGGCUGUUGCAGUCGCAUAUUUACGGUAAUAAAUACUUACGUCAAGAGUUUAACGGAAGUGCUAUUGAAAUUGCGCACUCAUCUCCCACUUCACUACAUUGUUGUUAUUUAGCAAGAUCUACGGAUUGUUUAUUGCACAUUAGCUAUUUACUUUACACAGAGAAUACACAUCUGAAAUUUGGGCUGGACAAGAUGGCCAGCUGCAAUUUUCAGGCUCAGUUUGUAUCCAUUAUGGAGGUAUUGGCUAAAGCAGCUGUAGCAGAAAUAAACAAACGUGUAGAUGAUAGCUGUGCUGUUAUACGUUUGGAAAUUACCCAAAGCCAGCGAGAUAUUGAUGUACUGAAAAGGAAGUGUCACAUGAUGGAGAGCGAGCUGAAGAAAACGCGCAGACGAAAGGGUUUUUACCCCAUGGCAUCAGAGAGAUCUCCAUAUCCAGUCAAGAUUGUUUCGAACAAGCAGAGGAGUAGCUCACAGUGGAGAGACAGCGAGAUGUCUGUUGAAGGGGACUCUCAACCCCAGCCUACAGAUGUGGAGCAGAGAGUGGAGACUGAACCCAUACUGAUCAAAGAUGAGGAGACAGCAGAGGAUGUGUGGAAGACUGACCCUCAGGAAGAGCUCAGGAUCACUGGAGAGGAGUCUGGUUCCAAGCCUGGGAAACCACCUUCCUUUGAGCAACAGCUCUGUGAUGAGGACUUCAUCACGCAACCCAAUAUAUCUCCCAGAGACUCAGUGGAACAUUACCCCAAUUCUGAUCAUGCAGAGGAACCAGGCACACCCUGGCUAUCAUCUACAGAGGUGUUCAACACAGAGCAGCACCAGCCAGACGAGGACUCACUAGACCUAGUGCUGGUAAAGGAUGAGAAAGAGGAGUUAGAUCCGACCACGGCCCUGGCAGGACCUGACCAGUUUGUUAUGGAUGAGACUGAUGGGCAGCUGUGGACCUCUGUGGGUCCAGGCAGAGACACUGACCCUGAUGGACACCCAGAUUUCUCCUUUCAUUCCACAGAAGAGUACUCUCAGAAUAUCUCAAUUUUCCCAUCUCAUAGUGGGCUGCCAUCUGUUCCUACUAUGACAGAUGAAGUGGGGCCAUCGCUUCACUCUUCUAUAUGGAAACCACAUGCUAACAUGUUCAGUGCAGCAGCACACAUGAAAAGACAUAUCAGGACAAUGGCUGAUGAGACUAGACAACAGAUGCCAGAGGGACAGAGCAGUGAGAUGCUGAACUCAAGUAAUGAAGGAAAUAGUUUAGCUCUACAGCCAAGACUGCAUCAAUACAGGGCUUCAGAAGCAACAGUGAGAUUGAGUGAGUGCAUGACAGGGUCAAACAUGGCCACCACCUCCACCUUCUCUGGAUACAGCCUGAGUCACAGUAGUUUUAACAUGGUGAAGAGAAUGAGGACUCAGUGGAGAUCAGGCGGAAACACCGAGAGGCGUUUCAGCUGCACCUUCUGUGGUAAGAGCUUCCAGCGUCUCUGCCAGCUCAAAGUACACCUCCGGAGUCACACCGGAGAGAAACCGUACACCUGUGAACAGUGUGGCAGGAGUUUUACGAAGCAGUGCAACCUGAUCAGACAUGCUCUGGUCCACACCGGGGAGAAACCGUAUGAGUGCACACAGUGUGGGAAAUGCUUCACCCAGCGCUCCAAAAUGAAGUCACAUCAAAGAACUCACAUAGGGGAGGGUCCAGUCUCUCAAUACGUGGUACCCGCAUUCCCUGGGGAUCCACACACAAGUUUAUUGUUGUCUCAGAACAGAUGGAAUAAAUAGUUCAUAAUUGCAUAGUUUUUCUGUAACAAUUACUUAAACUGCAUACUGUGUACUAAUCGUAUUACAUAGUAUUUAGAACGUACUGUUUUGUUAAUUGAAUGCCGUAAGCAAGAAAUACUAGGCUCCUCCUACUGAGAAGGCCUCAUCUAAUGUGCAAUUGCAUUGAUUCCCGACAUUAAUUUAUUUUGGUACAGCGUGUCUCAUCAGUUCUACCUUUUUCUAUCCUUUAAUAAAUACCAUACCACAUUUUCA